GUCUCUUUCUAGAAAGCAACCAAUAACCUCUUCUCAAACAGCACAUUGUAGUCAGUUGUCAUCUGUAAAUGUGAUUGAAAUUUGAACUUUUGUGAAAUAUUUGUUGAUUAUAAAAAUACAAAUGGGUUACAACAUUGAAUUUCAAGCUAUUGUGCUUGCGGGAGGAAAAGGUUCUCGUAUGACAGAACUUACAGCAGGUCAACCCAAAUGUCUGCUCCCAAUUGGAAAUAGUCCAAUGAUUUGGUAUCCAUUGCAAGUUCUUGAACGUUUUGGAUUUAAGGAAGCAAUUGUUAUUGUCUCUGAAACAAUAAAAUCUGACGUAUUAUCAUCAUUAGACAAAUUAGGUCUAAAAAUCAAAUUGGAUAUUAUAGGAAUUCCAGGAGCUGAAGAUCUUGGUACAGCUGAUGCCAUUAGACACAUUCAUGAAAAGAUAUACACAGAUUUUGUAGUGAUAUCUUGUGAUUUGAUCACAGAUAUUGAUCUAUCAGAUAUUAUAAAUUUAUAUAGAAUGCAUAAAGCUAGUAUAACUGCUUUGAUGUUACCUACUCCAAGCAUACCAGAUAAUUUUAUAACUCCAGGCCCAAAAAAUAAACAAAAACCAGAAACAGAUCUGAUUUGUAUUGAUGAUGAUACAAAUCGGUUAAUUUUACUGGCUUCUGCUUCUGACUUUGAAGAAACCAUUAGUUUUUCACAGAAACUUCUUAGAAGAGGUAGUAAAUAUACUGUUUAUUCUAAGCUAUUAGAUGCCCAUUUAUAUAUUAUUAGUAAAUGGGUGUUGGACUUCUUAGUAUUUAAUAAGACUUUUAGCACAUUGAAAGGUGAAUUAUUGCCUUACGUAAUUAGUAAGCAGUUAUUAAAGCCUAAAUCUAUAGAUGACAAAAAUACUUCCAUGGUACAAGUGGAUUUAAAGCAAGAUAUCUUCCGUUUUGUAUCAAAGAAACUUUUAGAUAACACAAUAAGUAAAAGGUCAGCUUUCAAUGAUCAUAAUACAGAUUUGGAAGAAGCAUAUUAUGGAGACAUAAUAAGAUGUUAUGCUUAUGUGUCAAACAAGAGAAAUGGCCUUAGAGCAAACACUGUGCAAAUGUAUCAUCUUGCCAAUACUAAGGUACUAGAAUGGUGGAAUAAUGAAAAUAAUAGCCAGUUGCUGCCUUUGUCAAAUAUUUCAAGCACAGCAAUUGUACAUAGUACACAAAUGCAGGAAUGUCGUAUAGAUAAUAAUUCGCAAAUCCAUGAGAAAACAUCGUUAAAACAUAGUUAUAUUGGGCCUAAUAGCGUGGUGGAAUCGAAAACUAGAAUAUCCCAAAGUGUAAUAAUGGGAAAUGUAACUAUUAAGCAAAGGUGUGUUAUCCACAACUGCAUACUAUGUAAUGGCUGUAUUAUCGAGGAAGGCAGUGAAUUAAAAGAUUGCUUAGUUGGAGCUCAACAUGUUGUGACAUCUGGUAGUCAGCAUUCUCUUGAAGUACUCACGAACGCCGACACACUCAUAGAAAUUUAAUCGAUUGUAAUCAUUAUUUUUCUGAUUUGUUUUUGUCAAAUGUAUUAAAAAUAUAGUGAAAAUAAAUCGAAUCAUAUAUGAGG